AGAAUGCGGCAGAAGGAGGGCGCAGACCGUCAGUGGCCGGCUCUGGGAGAAAGGAGCUAGAGACGGACUCCCACUUCUUCUUCUUCUUCUUUUCUGGCUUUUCCCCUGCUUCCUUCUCUUGCACUUGCUUUGUCUUUUUUUAACACUCAUUUGCUCUCAGUCUGUCUGUCCCGUCCUGUUCUUCGCAUGCUGCCGAUUCUGACUCUCUCCGGCUCCAGCUUUGACUCUUCUGUCCUACAUUCGGACUUCUCGCUGCUCUCUUCUCUUUCUGUGCGUCCUCACCUCUACCGGACGACAGCGGGCUUCUCGCUACACCUCCGCUUCUUCCGAUCUUUCAUUUCUGGGGCACCUCCUCCUAUCUGCUGUCUCUUGGCGUGAGGAUGCCGGUCCUAGAGGGGCUCUGGGGUCCAGAUCUCAGGAUGCGGGACGCCGGUCUGGACGUCGCGGUCGAAGCCGGCGUCUGUCCGGAUGAGGCUCCCCACUCGCCGGUCUGGGGUCCGCUCAGGACGCCUCCGGUUACCUGUGGAGGCUUGUCGCUGGCCCUGGAGCUUCCGGCGCUCAUACGGCAGCUCAGGGCGGCGUGGAGGGCUCGCAAGGGAGGCCCCCGGGGGCCCGAGAGAAGUCAGGCGAGCACUUGGGUGGAAUCGGACAAGGAAGAGGUAGAGGAGGCGAAGCAUGACUUAGAGGACCGGAGCGCUCAUCUGGAAGCCGACGGCAGGCUGAACACCGGUCAUGCUGGCGUGUUGCUGGUCGAGAGACGAGGCUCCUACCCGCUGAUCGACCUGCGAAUCCUCAGAACCAGUGCCCAGCAGGGAGAGGUAGAGCCCGGCAGGAGGAAGGUGAAGCGCCAGCUGAGCUUUCAGAGGUACUGCCACGCCUCCAGGCUGCUCAGGGGAUCGGUGCCCCGCACCCCCAGGUCACUACAUCUACUGGACGACGAUUACCUGGGACAAGCUGCACACAUGCUAUCAAAAGUAGGCACAUGGAACUUUGACAUGUUCCUCUUCGACCGUCUGACAAAUGGUCACAGCCUGGUGACUCUGAUGUGCCAUCUCUUCAAUGUCUCCGGUCUUGUUCACCACUUCCAGCUGGACAUGGUCAAACUGCACAGGUUUCUCGGAAAUUCCAGACUGACGUCAACUUCUUCUUUUGUCUGCCAGUCCGUCGAUACAAAAGAGUCGCAGGGCAUGGUGCAGGAGGACUACCACUCCCAGAAUCCCUAUCACAAUGCUGUCCAUGCUGCUGAUGUCACUCAAGCCAUGUACUGCUACCUGAAGGAGCCCAAGCUGGCAGAGCAGCUGAGUCCCCUGGACGUGUUUCUGGGUCUGAUGGCCGCAGCCGCCCACGACGUGGACCAUCCUGGAGUCAACCAGCCAUUCCUCAUUAAGACCAGACACCACCUGGCGUCGCUCUACCAGAACACGUCUGUGCUGGAGAGUCACCACUGGAGAUCCACCGUGGGCAUGCUGCGAGAGUCGGGACUGCUGUCCCACCUGUCCGCCGACGUCUCGCAGGACAUGGAACAGCAGCUGGGCUCCCUCAUCCUCGCUACGGACAUCAGCAGGCAGAACGAGUUCCUGUCGACCUUCAGAGAACAUCUGGAUAACCAGAACCUGGACCUUCAGCUGGCCUCCCACAGGCACUUUAUACUGCAGAUCGCUCUGAAGUGUGCCGACGUCUGUAAUCCGUGUCGGGUUUGGGAGCUGAGCAGACAGUGGAGUGAGAGAGUGUGUGAGGAGUUCUACAGGCAGGGUGACCUGGAGAGAAAGUUUGACAUGGAGAUUAGUCCUCUGUGUAACCAGCAGGCUGAUUCCGUCCCAGCUAUUCAGAUCGGGUUCAUCUCCUUCAUCGUGGAGCCUCUGUUCGAGGAGUGGCAGCGCUUCACCGAGCCCAGCCCGCUGAGUCAGACCAUGAUGGCUCACCUGCACAAGAACAAGGCCCGCUGGAGCCGCCUGAGACACGCACACACAGCCUCAGACACGCACACACACCCACGCACCGAGGAGCCCGAGCCUGGAGGAGGAGGAGGAGGAGGAGGAGGAGAGGGGGGAGACAUCCCUUAAUCCGCCAAUGGUUUCUUGAUGCGUUUGAUCUUCCUUUUGUCCUCCAGCGUAUUUUCUCCCACUGCUGGUUGUUCAUAGGCUCUGAAUGUGGGAGCGCCGGAUGGGAGUCUGGCUUCACUUCGUGAGAGACGGCGCCCCCUGCUGGAGUGGAGGACUGUAGCACCGCAGACGGGCGAGAGACGGAUGUUUGGGCAGUGGAUGGAUAAUCUUAGUAAACGCCAAUUUGACAAAGUCACGCCUUGCUCCAGUGAUAUCUGCUUCAAAGUAUCCGACAAAGGCAGGAAUUGAUAGUUUAUACCCGAUGAGGGAUCAACGAAGAAGUGUUUGCACAGUGCCGCUUGAAAAAUAAAGAAAGUACAAAAAGCCAAAAUGAUAAACAAGUCAGCUGGACUGGGCUGGAAGAGAUGACAGAACAAUAUAUGAAAUAAAAAGAGGAAUAUAUGAAUAUAUCUACUAUACUAUGCUUUUUAAACGCUUCGACAUUACACUCUAUUAUUAAGCCCUUUUCACGUUUCCUCUUUCGUACAGCUUAUUGGACGUUCUUUGACUGACUAGUCGGACCGAUACAAUACGGGUCCCUGAGUUGCUUGAUGUCGACCGUGGGCCGGAUGCUUUUGGACAAACCGGAGCCCUUUUUCCCCCCAAAGUGUUGGUGUUGUCGGUGUCAUGUUAUUUACAGUGUCGUCUGUACACACUGUGAUGUACAACCUCGGCACUUCUCACGCCAACAUCUCAGCAAUGUAUUCCCCUUUUUACAGGGCAUGGAUUUUGGGGGAAUGUAACUCUUACUCAUGGUGUUUACCUUUUUCAAUGGGUGCAUUUAUUUAUCUGACAAACUCACUUUACAAGCUCAUUUAGAACGAAGCCUUAACAGCACCGCGGUCUGUCUGUGAAGCACGUCGCGUCUUCUGGACACUUUUCUUACACUUGGAGUUGUUUUCCUUCCGCCACCAGCAUACUGACAUACUCUCUACUGUCGCCACUUGCUUCCUGUUUGAUCCUUCUUCCAGUUUUAGGGUCCCAUUGGGCAUCACCCCAGGAGCCAUUGUCCUGUCCUGACUCAUCAACUCGCUGCUCGGUUUAGCGCUCUAUGGCUUUUAUAUUCGCUUGUUCUUUUGUUCUUUUUUACAUUUGCUGCAGGAAGUGUGUACUCUGCAUCUUAUGUCACGUACAGACUUGUGUCAAAUAGUGAAUGCAAUCUAUAAUUAGAGUAUUUCAUUCAAAAGUAUGAAGACAAUGAAGAAAACCAUAUACCUUCAUUCAUUGGAUGUAUUUUCAUAUACAAUUCAUUCUUAAAUGGUACUUAUAAUGGUACAUAUAUUAUCUCAAUGGUGAGACUGAACUGAAACAAAGCAGAUGCAUCAUUUGUAAUUAGUAGGUCCAAUUUUAAGAUGCACUAAACAGCUUCAGAAAAAAGCAUUACCACUGAAGUCUAAAGAUGUAUAUUUAAGAUAUAUUGUACACCCCGCUAAAAGAAGCCCCACAUCUACCCCUAACUAUAGAGGAGAUAACUUGAAACAGCCCAGUCAACACACUGUAUAUUCUACGUACAUUAUAAUAAAACUAUAUUAUUAUAUUCAAAGUUAUGGUCAUAAAAAGUGUAAAAACAUUGAAUUUCUUUGUCAUUUUUAAAGCCUUUUCUAUGAGGGGCAGUGCAAUAAUGUUGGUUAUUGCGAGUUGUAAGAAGGUGGUCAUAUCCGUAACGAUCUAUAGCUCUGCUAAUAGAUACUUUAAAUAGAUAUAAGUCGUAAUGUCUUCACUGGCUUUGCUGAAUCUGCCUCUAUAUGUAGGACACUGCGGUGUGUACUGUGUCACGGCUCUUCACAUCUGCGGUGGGCCUCGAGUACCAGCGGUUACUACCAAUGACCUUGGUACUAUCUCUGUGUACUAUAAGUACUUCAGUAUUCCUCGGUCACACUUUGCUGCCGCAGUGCAGACGGGACUCUUGUGUUUUAAUAUACCUCUCAGAAACUGAUACAGGCUCACUGAGCCGUACAGGCUUCACAAAGAUUAUAUAAUAUCCCAAAUAAUAAUCAAUUUACGGGACUAGAUUGAACAACAAAUUGUCAAAAUUCAAUAAAUACCAGUAUGUUUGCAAACUAUAGAUGAUGUAUUCAUGUGUAUUGAAGUGGGGGUAUGUUUCCCUCUUUUACCCCCUUAAAGGGUCAAGUCUUCAAAACCACUCGGUUCAAUCAACUAAUUCUGCCCUGCAGUUCCUCCCCAGACUCCAUAAUCUAGAUAUGUACUCAGUCGCCUGAUGGUCUAAACAUUUUGUUUGUCCUUGUGCCCAAUGCUCAGAAGAAAGUAGACAAUCCUUUUCUUUUUCUGCCACAGUGGGGUUGAGUCAGUCGUGUUCUGAGAGACGUUUAAAUGCAGUUUUUCUUCUGUAUUCUCUUCACUUGUUUUACUAAUUUAUUCGCUGUUUUUGGAGCUUUCAAUCCCAUCACAUGCUCUUCAUCAGCAGCUGGGAUUGUGUCCACUCGUCUUUGAAUUGAACGCUCGUUACUUUAAGGACAUCAGAGCUCUUAUACUAAUCUUCUCUUAAAUAAUUAUCAUAGCUGUUUUGAAUGAAAUCCCUUUUAAUGGUGAUUUCAAAAAUGAAUACUAUAGCCUACUGGUGAGUUCUUAGAGAUGUUUGCCAUCUGACGUUUUGACAACAUUUCUGUUCUAAAUACCAAACUGAGCACUGUGAGCAAUAAAAUAAAUGUUUUUCAAUCAACA